AUUACGAAAAUGCAACAGUCACACGUAAUAAAUGAAGAGCAAAAUAGUAAACAAAAAUCCAAUGAAAUAAAAUGAAUAAAUAGAAAGUGGAAGAUUUAUGGUAACCUUUGAAUGAAUUACUAAAAUACAAUCGUGGGUAUAAAGCUCUGCUCAACUAUAUAAUGCUUGUUAUGCUUCCGAUAUUUUAGCCUUCAACCUCCCACUCUCAAAUCUUAACUACUCUUACUUUAACCCCUUUAAGUAAGAGAUCUUCAUAUCAACUUCAACACACACUCUCUUCAUUCCUUCUAGCUAGUUUACAAUGGCGAUCAAUUGUAGCUUUGCUUUCGUCUUGGUUUCGCUCUUGUUCUUAGGUGUUUCAAGAAACAGGGUAUCAGGGACAAUUUUCACCCUCCUCAACACCUGCCCUUACACCGUCUGGCCGGGCACGUUGUCGGGAAAUGGACCGGCACUCCUUGGUGAGGGUAGCCUCACAUUGUCACCAGGAUCAACAAUACAAGUAAAUCCCCCAGCAGGCUGGUCAGGCCGGUUCUGGGCUCGAACAGGAUGCAACUUUGAUGCGUCCGGUGCAGGAAACUGCUCUACCGGUGACUGCGGGGGGUUCCAAUGCAUUGGAGGAGGAGCCCCACCGGUAUCCCUAGUAGAGUUCACCCUCAACGGGGCUGAUGGACAGGACUUCUACGACGUAAGCCUAGUUGACGGAUACAACGUAGGAAUUGGUGUCAAGCCUACUAGUACAGGAACAGGGAAAUGUCAGUACGCAGGCUGCGUAGAUGACCUUAACGCAUCGUGCCCGUCUGAGCUCCAAGUCACGGUUGGAGGGGCCGUGGUGGCUUGUAAGAGCGCGUGUGCAGCAUUUAACACGCCGGAGUAUUGCUGUACUGGUGAUCAUGGGAGUCCGCAGACCUGCACACCUACGCACUACUCGGAGAUGUUUAAGAAUGCGUGUCCAACGGCUUACAGUUACGCCUACGAUGACGCCUCUAGCACCUGCACUUGUACUGGCUCGGACUAUUUGAUCACUUUCUGCCCAUCAACUGUUUAACAAUUUUGUCACAAGAUUGAUCGAUCGUCAUAGAUUUUUUUAGUUAAGAAUUCUUAAUUCGUAUUAUUAUUGUUAUUGUCUUAGAAUUCAAUGAUAGAAUUGUUAGGAAAGUAUUACUAGAUUAUUCUUUUUUCAGUAUAUUAAACUAUUGUUUAAGGUUUAUUAAAUUACGUUAUGAUAAUUAGCCAAUUAGGACUAGAAUUUAGGAGUAUUCUUAUAUAUUGAUUGGAAUUGCAUACUUUAUUCUUAGAAUUAUUAACUUUCUGAUAAUUGAUUUGCCUUAUCGUAUCCUUAGCUACUUUUGAAAUGAUCUCUAUUUUUAAGGUGAAUGAUAAUAUAAUGUUUGAUCUUAAGAAUACAUUGUGUCAGAAACUCAGAAAUACGGAGUACACGCUAAGGCUAUAUUCUCUUGCUCUUACCAAAAAAAAUAAAAAAAAUGUUCAUAUAUAUAUAAAAAUAACAAUAAUAAUUUUUAAAAGCCAAUUUGAUUGCAUUGGUAAAUAUCAAUUAUUACUUAUAAUCAAUUAAUAACUUUAGUGCAAAAUUUAACUUGCUUAAGAGAGUGCACGUGGAUGUCAACUAGUUUAGUUCAUUAAGGCUUUGUUUGGUUGAUGGGAUUUGGCCGGAAAAGAAUAGAAAGGGAGUGAGUUUUAUUAUUUUCCCAUGUUUGGUAUGAAAAAUGAUAUGGGAUUUGGUAGGAAAGGAAAGGAAGUGGAAGGAAAGAGCCUUUACAAAAUUUUCACUUUCCUUUCCUCCCAAAAUUGGAGGAAUUUGAAAGGAAAGAGAAAAAUAAAAGAUGUUUCCUUUCUCUUCCCUUCAUUUCCUUACAUUUACCAAACAUCGGAAAAUAAAAUCACUCUCCCUUCCCUUAUUUUCCUUUCUUUUCUCUCCCUUUCCUAUCUCUUCCUUUCCUUUACUAAGAUUGAACCAAAAAGGGCCUAAGGUUUUGGGGGAUGAUAUGAGAUCGAAUUCCAUCUACAUUAUUGCCUAGUGUGGCUCUCACUUCCAAAAAAAUAAAUAAAAAAAUAAAAAAAGGACUACAUUUUCAAUGCUCAAAUGACAAGGUGAGUUCCCAACCAUUUCCACCACCAAGUUUUACUUGGUAAGUUGAAGAGUAAAUACUAACACUAGAAUCAUAAAAAAUAAAAAUAAAUAAAAUAAAAUAAAAAUGUCAAUUUUAGUUGAACUAAUAGGACUACAUUUUCAGUACUCAAAUGACAUAUGU